AUCUAUCGUUAUCCGCUUUCCUCGCCGUCCCUGUCGGUUUAAAGCUUUCGCAGCGUCCCCGGAUUUGACUGUCAUGGCUGCCAUCCGCUGUUGACUAAACUACGUUAGGUUUCGCUAUGAGGACGUAACAGCGCGGGUCUGUGAAUUGAACAUGGAAGUGGAACACACCAACCCAAGCAGCCAUCCUGAGGAUGCUAACCAAGCUGGUGACAAUGAAAGAGGCAACUGGUAUAGACGCCUACGACUCAGGAAAUCCUCAGCUUCAUCUCUUGCUGUGAAAAGUACGACAGAGGAGGAGAAAGUAGUUAUAAAACCACUGAAGAUGCCAUCCCAAAAUGAACCCCAGGCUCACCAAGGUGUCAACAGUUCUAGCAGCAAGCUCACAUUCACUUGCUCUGACUGUAAGGACAACACAAAGUAUAGUCCACCUGAUUUGUUGAACCACUUCAGUGUCUUUCAUGGAGGAAAAGGAGACCCACCAGUUUUUCCUUGUGACAUAUGCAGUUUUGCUACCCCUGAGUUCACUAUCCUCCAGCAGCAUCGCAUGAAGCACAAACAGUGUAGGCUCACAUGUGACAUUUGUAAUGACAAUGUUUUACAAACAUUAUCCCAACUCAGAAAGCACUGUAAAACUCAGCACAGUCUAAAUGGACAGUACCACUGUGGAAAGUGCAGUUUUUCAACUAAAGAGCUAAAGAGUUUUGUGCAUCACUCUUGCCCAGCCAGGACUGACUUGCCCAUAGAUAGCACUGAGAAAUCAGGUAUUAAACCCAUGAAUGGGGAACUGAACGGAAAUCAUUUGGCUGCUGCUGGUGGAGCACCUCAGAAAGAGGAGCUCAUAAAGCCCAUAGCUACAGACUGCCGUCAGGGGUGGAGAAGAAAGAACUGGUGGAAAAAGAAAGAUGUUCACCCAAAACAUCACAGUAUUAAUGCACCAGACUUGAAAGUCCUGCUCACAAAACCAGAAACUCAGUGGACAUCCUCAGGGUUUCUGCCUUUCUCAGCUGCAGGUUUGCUUGAUGAAAACGGUGAACUUCUAAAUCCAGCCAGGACCUUAGAGGAGACUCAGCAGUUUCUGGAGAGGACCGUGAACAGUGGAAAGAAAUGGCCAGUCAGUCUAAAAGGUGAAUCAGAGCUUGCAUCUCAGCCUUGUACUGGAUCUAAAAUUAAGCAAUACAGCAUACCGCUCACUGGAUUCAGGAAUUCUGGGCAGAAUAAACUCCCAGCUCUAAUGGAAAAAAAUAAUAUCUCAGUCCCUCCUGAUUGCACUACAAAGGUGGUUGGUUUCAAGAUGAUGGAUGGGAAAAAACAUCUAAUCCUCAAAGUCAUACCAUCAGCCAAGUCAGAUGUUUCUCCAGACACAGGAAAAGAAGCGUCUCCCGGUUUAAAUCCUGUAGAAUUCAGUAGUGAAUUGGGCAACACGAUUACUAAAAAGUCCUUGUUUCACUUUUGUGAUGAUACCUCAAGUUCUGGCCAGUCAAAAAAACUCAAUGAAAAGCUUCCUGAAGAUUCAGCAGCACCUCAGGCAGACACUGUAUAUGACUGUAACCAAGGCAGGGGUGCAUUCGCUGAAAUUUCUAGUGAACCUCCACAACAAGCUGUCUCAGGAAGCGAGGAAGAUUUUAAUGUAGCAAGUCAGAAGAACACUGAAAAACAGUUGAUGUCCCCUCAUAUAAUGUCUCACCCACACACCAUGCAUCACCUUAAUGAAGUUGUGGCAAACAUAUCAGUGGAAAUAAGUUCUCUCAGAAAGGCGGAUAUCCAAACUCUCAAUGCAAACAUACAGGAUGUAGAACACACAAAGAAGCAUACAGACUCUCAGGAAAAAGCAGUAGAACAUUUGACAGAAAACCAUCCUAAGCUUACCACAAGCCAAAAUGAUUCAGGUUGUCAUGGAGAUUUGGCUUCCAGUUUUCCAUCUGAUUUAGACAGUUUGGAAGAGGGAUUACAGUCCCAGCUCUCAACCCCGAUGUGUGAGGAAGACAGAAGCUCAAAUGUGGACUUGAUCAACAUAGAUAAGAAGUCAGGUGAAGACUCCCCAGUAAUGCAGUCACCUCUGCUUCCCUUGAAUGAGCAGAAAAUGGUGACAAUGCCGUCCAGUGCAGUUUUACGCUCUUCUACAACUCAAGAGAAAGAAGCCAUAUUCGAACUGAAUGUUAUUAAUCCAACAGUUGUUUCUUUGCAAAAACAUACUACUGAGCCUCCGUUUAAUUCCCCAGGUGAAGAUGGGGGCUUGUUAUUCCAAGACAGCGGUGAUGAGUACACAAACAAUGGAGACCCCAGAGAUGCUCCUGUCCCCUUAGAGCAGAGCUGUACAACUGAAACUGUAGAGGAACCGAAUUGCUUAGCAAUAUUAUCACUAGGAGACUCUUGCCAUAAUCCGGACCUGUAUCAGACACUAGAAGAGCUCCCUGUUACAACCAUUAACCAUUUGCUUGAUGACCCUGAAGUUACAUCCAGAGGUGUUGCACACCAGCCAGGAGAACUAGGUAGCCUGUCUGCCCAACACGUGGGCCUGCAGUCACCCAAAGCCAUACCAGUAGCAGCAACGGCAGCUACUGAGAAGAACUCUACACAGUCUGUGUGCCUGCCACCAGCAAAUGAGCCAGCUAUGAAAAGAAAGAGACUAGGACAGCCAACUACAAAUGACUCUCAGGUGCCCUUCUCUAAAUUUAGGAGGAAGCUGGUCCAAAAUUCUCAAGACAAGAACCCACCAACAUCCACCCCUUACUGGCAACCAAUUCCAGAAGCACAGGAAAGGACCCUAAGGCUCUUGCCUUACAAGACCUCACAGCCUAUAAAAGUUCCACGCCUAAACCAGCCUGUUAUAGUUCUCAAUCACCCAGACACAGACAUUCCAGAGGUGGCGAACAUUAUGAGAAUAGUUCAUAAGCACAAGGGGGCAGUACAGAAGGUAGUACUGUCUCAGGGAACUCUGAAAGCCCUUUCGGAACUGAGCUGCGACACAUUCCGGAAAUCUCUUGGAGCUAACUGCCAUUCUUCUCACUACAGAAGAGCUUGGCCGCAAGUGACCGUUAAAGAAAGGUUCAUUCUGAAACUAAAGCUGAAGAGGUUGUGUGGUAGUAAGUAUGAGGUGGCACCUUCAGCCUCUAAGACGAACAGGUACCAGUCAACCUUUAGGUGCUGGUUUUGUGGUCGGCUCUUUAAAAACCAGGAAGCGUGGGUAGGUCAUGGUCAAAGACAUCUUAUGGAGGCCACUCGAGACUGGAACAAACUAUUCAACGGUGAAGGCCAACGUAAUAGCCCUGAUCAGUCGUACUUCCAUUGAGCUUUUGUUGUGACACUGAAACUGAUGCACAGGCAUUGCUUGUUGAAAAGACUGUAUUUUACAAAAGCUUUUCAUGGGCAGUGCUGGAUUCAGAGGAUGCGGAAUAGACAGGCAGUCUGAAGUACGGUCUGCUUGUGUUUGUGCAGAUCCUAAUGUCGUUCAGGGUUUUGAGGUAUAGCCUGCUAUUUGUCAGCAAUUUACUCUCGGUAGUGACGGGUUGAUAAAACAUCUCAGGGACAGUGGGCCAACGAAAGCAGCGUUAUUUAUUUAUUUAUUUAUUUUCCUUUUAGCAGCAUCUCACUGUGAAAAGCAAUGUGCAUUAUUUGUAUAAACAGAGGGUUAAUAAGUCCUUGUUUCGAUGUGGUCUGACCCAAAUCUUCACAUUGCUGUAGGAAAGCUUUAGUAAUAUUAUGUGUGUUGAGAGGAGAUCAUUUGCCUGUAUUGCUUUGCCCUUAUUUGAAUACCAAAUAGAAUUUCUUUCCUUGAGCUAAAGGCAGGACAAUCUGUUUGAAUACUUUAUAGUUUGACCAGCUUGAAUGGUUUCCUUCCAACUUGGUAUUGAAUGUGAAACUACUGUAGAUAACUGGCAUUUAUAAUGUAUCUUAAUGGCUACAGUGCAUCCUUGUUUCUAGCAUUAAUGCACUGACGUCAGACAUGUCCUUUUGAGUGCUGACUGAUUUUAAACAAGAAUACUCAUUUUUCUCUUGAUUUUUUUUUUUUUUUUGCCAGGAAGUUCAUCGUCAUUCACAUUCCUCUGGCUUGGAGUUGUUUUUCAGCUCCACCAGGAAUACAUAAAUAUGUCUGCUGUUAGUCAUAUUGGAAGGUUUCUGAACCCAGUUGAAUUGGAGCUAUAGGCUAUUCGUUGUUUAGCCUUGACAGUCUCACCUACAUGCUUAUGUUUUGGUGAAUAGACUAUAAGCAAAUGUAAGUUAUAAAGAGUUAUAAAGCUUUAAAGGCAUAGUGAUAUUUUGAGACUAGAGCACUUCACUGUCGACUGUGCUGAAACGCUGUUAUGUUCUUAGAAUCCUGUGACGUUUGUACACCAAGGGUGCUCACUGUUAUUUUUUGCCUGUGCUGUAGUGAUAUUGCUGCAGAUGAUUGUUUCACUCUGCUGUAGGUAAAAUGAUUUUAUUUAUACCUAAUUUGUAAAGACAUCAGUAUUGUCAAAGAUCAAGCUUCAUUCCAAAUCAUGUUUUGUGUUAUACUCUUCACAUCUUAAUUCAUUUCUAUGUUGAGAACUUUUAAAAAAAUCUGUGUUGCAUCUUUUAUUUCAGGUGAAUUAGGCCAAUACAAAUGAAUGUUUCUCUUGAUUAUCGUUGCACUUGGUUACGACUGUGAUCCUUUCCGUUUGGAUUCCAGUGUAGUAACUCAGAUCCAAGCCAGAUAAAAUAAUUGAAAAUGAUUAUUUUUACUCUAGGCCUCUUCUUCUCUGAGUAUAAGAUCAAGAUGUUGUCUUUUUUCUUUUCUAAGAUUAAAACACUGGUAAAGGUGUGUGUAAACCGUGACAAACUGUGAAUAACAUUUCCUAAUAAUGUACUCAAGUGCCUUUCCUCAGGCUUGUUACACCCUGUCUCCUCGUGCUGUGUGUAUACUUGCUGUUGGUGAACAGAUGUCUGAUUAAGAGAAAUCCAGUUGAACUGACUGUUGUUUGAAGGUUUCAGGACAGCUGCAUGUUUAGUAACUAACCACAUAUGUAGAACAAAAUCAAGCGUAACUCUGAAUGUUCCAUAUGUACACUAGAAAUACACUGGACAAUUUGAGCUUAAAUGUCAUUGCAAAAAUAAC